AUGCGGCCAUUCAUGCUAUCUUCCCGUCUCUCCGCGGUAUCCCCUCCCCUUGUAUCUUUCCCCGCAUCCCCCGUAAUUUUCACUGCGCAGCUGACUCCUCAAUCCUUCCGCCAAACCCCUCCGCCAACGUUCCCUCGUCAAAUCCGCGUCCUGAAUCACCUCCCCUCCGCGCAAGUACAUAAGCGCGCAGUUUCCCGUCGCCUGGUUGCGCGCAGCGGCGCGCAGAGCGCAUCUAACGGGGAGGCUGACCGCGGAGACGAUUCGCGCGAGCCGUUCCUGUCAAGAGGCGGCGAUGGGGGCGCGGGGGGGGAAUCCGGCUCUUCCGAGUCGGAGGCGCGGCGGCUUGCGCUUGACGACGCGGCUCGGGCGGAGAUGAGGGCGCGAUCUGAGCUCGCGCUUGCGGCGAUGGCGGAAGGCUCCCGGGGAGCGGCUGCCGCGGCGGGAGACGCGCCGGGAAACGCGGCGGGAGAUACGGGAGGGAGUGGCGGGAGCGGUGACGGCGGCGCGUGGAAGUGGGCGGUGCGGAAGGGCGUGUGGGACGAGCUUGAGGCGCGUGACGUGGCACGACCGCCGCGCCCCAUGCACCACCGCAUUCCUAACUUUGAUGGGGCGGACAAAGCUGCUGCCAUGCUGGCGUCGCUGCCGGAAUUUCAAGCAGCAGGGUGUGUGAAAGUCAACCCCGACACGCCUCAGAAGGCCGUGCGGCUUGCUGCCCUGCAAGCCAACAAGCUCCUGCUCACCCCCCAGCCGCGCCUGCGGACUGGUUUUUUCUCCCGCCUCUCGGCCGACCACAUACCGCCCGACCAGCUGCUCGCCGCCUGCACGCGGCACUACGCCGCAGAUUGGGGAAGCCACGAUGCAAGGUCAUGA